AUGGCAACCUCAAAGAUUCUCAUACUUGUUUUCUUUGUGAUUUUGGGUUUCGGAAUAUGUUGUUCCGCUAGAACACUCCUUACUGUAGACGAAACCAACAACGAUGUUGUUGGUGUAGAUCUACACAGAGAUGGUCAUAAACAUGGUGGUGAUGGUGGAGGUGGUGGAAAUGCUGGAGAUUAUGGUAAUGGUGGAAGAGGUGGAGGGGGUGGUAACGGAGGCAGAUUUGGAGAUGGCGGAGAUGGUGGAGGAGGUGGACGUGGUGGGUUUCAUGGAGACGGUGGCACUGGUGGAGGUGGUGGCAAUGGUGGCAUUUAUGGAGACGGUGGAGACGGUGGAGGAGGUGGACAGGGUGGGUUUUUUGGUGAUGGUGGACGCGGCGGAGGAGGUGGAAAUGGUGGGUAUAAUGGAGAUGGUGGGGAUGGUGGACGGGGCGGUGGUGGUGGGUUUAAUGGAAACGGAGGUACCGGUGGAAACGGAGGAAAUGGUGGAUUUGGCGGCGACGGUGGCGACGGCGGAGAUGGUGGAAACGGAGGAGAUAGUGCAGUAGAGUUUGCAAGAGUUAGUACAUGGAAGAAGGGGGGAAAUAGAGUAUAUGGUGGUGGUGGUGGCGGCGGUGGUGGCGGAUUAUACCACCCUUGA